GUGUGGCGGUUUUUUCUUUUGUUCGCUGAAUUAGUUUAAUCAUUUUCACAAGUCGACAUCUUCUUGAAGAGCGAAUCUUAAUUGUUGAAUUUUUAUUACAUUGAGCCUUCUAUUGAGUUCAUUUGAUUGUAAACUUACUGUCAUAACGGUGAGAUACCACUCUUGAGCUUGGUCAACGUUUUUUAGAUUCAAUAAAUUGAGGAUUUCUGUCAGUCAAUAUUUUCUCUGAAUCCUACAUCAAUUAUUCGUAAACCCUCGUCCCAGCACAUCUUGGCGCCCAACUUAAGGCGAAUAAAUGGAUAGUAGGAGAGAAAAUUACCACCUACGAAGUGUCAGAAAAAAUAUGGAGAAAGACCAGCUACAGGACGACAUCACUGAAAAUGCACGAGCCCUGUCUCCGGCGGUACGUACUGAAAGGAAAGAAAACGGGAAACAGGAAAAUCAGGAACAUGGAGCUGUCCCAAAGGUGAAGGAAAGUGAUUCAAGAACACCCAAACAAGUUAAGUAUUCACACCACUCAAGGAGACGAAUGUUCAACCUUGAAAAUCAACAUGAAAAGGAUAAGUCUAGAAUGUUUGAUAUGUUUAUUUCAGAAAUUGUUAAUGAUACAGUGAGAAUGACCCUUAAUAAUGUACAAGUUGAUCAAGCUAGAAGUGGAGAUCAAGAAAAUGAUUAUUUUAUGCAGGAUGUUCCUGGGGUUGAUUUGAUUAAUACUGAUAAUCUUGAUACUAAAAAUCUAGCGAAUAACAUACGUGGACAUGCACGCGUUCAAUCUGGUUCACGUAUACAGGGUGUCUCUGAAAGAAAUAUAAACGUCAAAUCAAAUUUAAGUUCCAAUUUUAACUUACCUCAGUGUCUUCCUGGGUUGAAUGUACAGACUGCUCAUCAUUCAGGACAACAACAAAUUUCAAAUUUAACUAUGAACGAUAAUUUAUUUGGUUUAGGAGAUCUUGUACUCCUCAAAGCUAAUAACACGUCCUCUGCGAUAAAAUCAGAAAUAAAAAAGUUUCUGCUCCCUUUUGAGGGUCCAUUCAAAAUAAAAAAGAAAAUUCAUGAUCAUACUUAUGUUUUGGUAUCUCCGAAAACUGGUGAAGAACGCGGAAUUUUUCAUUCGUCCCACUUAAAAACGUAUGCUGUUCCGACCUAUGCUGCUGAAAAUUAG